GAUGCUGAUUGGACUGUCUGCAGCAAUCGAGCGCUCUGCUCGACUCGUCACUGUCUUUCAAGGAUAAAUGCACUGCCUAAGUGUCACUCUCAUAUUUGAGAAAAGUCGCGAUUCUUAGUUGUCUCUCCGUUAGUUUAGUGUGUUUUUGUGAGUCAUUCACAGUCACUUGUGUGCGGCUCAUGAAUGAAGAGCACAGUGGGGAUUAGAGGAACCGAAUUAUAUCUUGCCUAAAUCUUCAUCGAUUAUCUGUAUUAGCAACAUAAGGAAUCUACACAGCUCUACAAAAACAAACAGAGAAUGUUACUACAGUAUCUUUUCUUAAUGUUUUUAGAUGGUGCCUUUGGUGCAGAAACAGAUGAGACCGUGUCAGUGAUGGAGGGAGAUUCUAUUACUCUGCACACAAAUCUUACUGAAGUACUGAACGAUGAUACUAUACUGUGGCUGUUUGGACCUAAAGACUCCAUCAUAUCUCAAAUAACAAGAAAGACUGAUCUGACUUCAUUUUAUGUCACCGAAGAUGAGAGAUUCAGAGGCCGAUUGCAGGUGGAUCAACAGACUGGAACUCUCACCAUCAGAAAGACCAGAAUCAAACACACAGGACAAUAUAAACUCUCCUUCUCUAGAAGACAGACUACGAUCAAGAUAUUUCAUGUUGCUGUCAUUGAUGUGGUUGGUGAGACGGAUGGAGUGAAGUCGGUGUCAGUGAUGGAGGGAGAUUCUGUCACUCUACAGUAUGAUGUUUCUGAAGUACAGCGAGAUGAUCUGAUUGUGUGGAGGUUUGGAGAUAAAGGCCUCCUCCUGGCUAAAAUUGAUGUGGAAUCUAACAACACCUCAUUAAAUGAUGCUGAUGAGAGAUUCAGAGACCGACUGAAGCUCAGUGAAUCUAGAUCCCUAACUAUAAAGAACACCAGAACCACAGACUCUGGACUUUACGAAGUACAGAUCAGAGGCAGCGAGAGCUCGCAGCGAUUCCUUCUUUCUGUCAGUGCUAUUCCAGAUUCAGCUCAGUCUACAGGUUUUACAGCAGGGAUCGUUUUAGCUAUUCUGCUUGCGGCUGCAGUUGUAGCUGCUGUUGUGAUUCACUAUCGGCGCAAGAUCUCUGAUCUAGAAAAACAAAUGGGACCAAUUGAAGUGUCAGAUGGAGAUUUUGUCACUCUGGAGACUAAAACAGUCCUAAAUAAAGAUGAUAAGGUACAGUGGUAUUAUCACGAUGACAGCGAUCUCAUUGCUGAAAUCAGUCGAGGGACCAAAGGGACAUUUGAUGGUUUUGAUGAAAGAUUCAGAAGCAAACUGGUGCUGGAUUAUGAGACUGGAAAUCUCACCAUCAAUAACACCAUGAACAUUCACUCUGGGCUCUAUAUAUUAAAAAUAAGCAGCAAAACCAGAAAAAUCAACAGGAGAUUCACUGUUACUGUCAAAAUGAGGAAAGUGUUAGUGGAGAAGGGAGGUUCUAUCUCUCUAGAGCCCGGAACUGAUAUACAGGGAGCUGAUGAGAUACUGUGGACGUUUGGAGCUGAAAACUGUCUUGUUGUUAAAGCUGAUCCAGAAAUAACUAUUGGUAAGAGAUUUACAGACAGACUGGAGCUGAACGAGAGGACUGGAUCCUUGAUUAUCAGAAACAUAGAAACCGCAGACUCUGGACAUUUUAAACUACAGAUCAUCAACAGUGAAAAGACCACAUUCAGGAGAUAUAAUGUCUCUGUCACUAAAUCCACAGGAAAACAAGUGAAUGGAUCAGCAGCUGUAGAGAUGCCACUGUUGUAACCAUGAGGAUGUGGAUGGAGUGGAUGGGUGAUAAGUUCUGCCCACCAAUAUUAAUCACUGUGACAUCAUCAGCAUUUGCGCUCAAUACAUUUUUUUCUGAUUUUAGAAAAAGGAAAAAUGAACCACUGUGUUGUUGAGCCGUUAAACUUUUUUUAGAUGACAGGAAAUGUGUACGAAACUCUUUCAUAACCAACUAAACAACUGGAUACACAUCCCACUUAGUUUCUUCGAGGGGACAUAACGCAAACUAAUUCAGCCAAUCUCAUGUUAAUCUUGAGUACCUAUAUAGUAGUGUAGCAGUGUAGUAGUGUCCUUUAUAUCGCUUUCAAAGUCUUUAUUUUUAUCAGAUAAAAAAAAAAAACGUGUGUCAUGGGCAGAGCUAAAGAGUCACGAGCACAUUCAUGUUUUUAAAUACUCAUAUGCUGAUUACCAACAAAACACAGAAAUUUGAUGCAGUUUUACGUACCGCCUGAGGUUCCGACUCAUGACUGGGAUAAUUUAUUGGCUGGACCGCUCCAUCUUUGAGUAUCAAAUGAUCUGAAAU